GUAGCUCAACUAUCUUUUACAUGGAUAGAAAGGUCAACAAUGAAAUUGCAUGAUUCAUGAAUGCAUUUCAGUGUAAAAUAGAAGCCUUUGGCAAUAUACUUUCAUACAAAUCAAAUGUGCAAGAAUGUAUUAAGGCAAACAUCCAUUCACGUCUGCCCGGCUACGAAUCAGUGUGAUAGCAAAUUCCUCACUAACCAUGCCUGCUUCAUCCCCUGUUAGUUUUUGGACAGAGGCAUCUCAGCAGGUCCUGGCUGGAGGAUCAGCAGGUCUUGUAGAAAUUUGCCUGAUGCACCCUCUGGAUGUGGUGAAGACUCGAUUUCAGAUUCAGAGAAAUAAUGUGGAUCCAUCUAGUUACAGAAGCCUGGGGGACUGCUUCAAGAAAAUCUAUUGCGCUGAAGGGCUACUUGGUUUCUACAAAGGAAUCCUUCCUCCUAUCCUGGCUGAAACCCCAAAGCGAGCAGUAAAGUUUUUCACCUUUGAACAAUAUAAAAAGCUGCUGGCCCCCCUGUCUCUGCCACCUGCAUGGGUAUUUGCAAUUGCUGGACUGGGAUCAGGACUGACUGAAGCCGUUGUUGUUAAUCCUUUUGAGGUGGUAAAGGUCGGACUACAAGCUAACAGGGACGCAUUUGCCCAGCAACCAUCCACCUUUGCUCAAGCACGCCAUAUUAUCCGAACAGAAGGCUUAGGGCUCAAAGGGCUCAACAAAGGUCUAACCGCCACAUUAGGACGACACGGAGUCUUCAAUAUGAUUUAUUUUGGAUUUUAUUUCAAUGUGAAAAAUGCAGUUCCUGACAGCAAGGAUGCCAGACUGGAAUUCGUAAGAAAGUUCACAAUUGGUUUAGCCUCAGGGACACUGGCCUCUACCAUUAACAUCCCUUUCGAUGUAGCCAAGAGUCGGAUUCAGGGGCCACAACCUGAACUGGGCGUGAUUAAAUAUCGCAGCUGUUGGAAGACCAUAGUUACUAUUUAUAAGGAAGAAGGGUUUCUGGCACUUUAUAAAGGACUCCUCCCCAAAAUCAUGCGACUUGGUCCAGGAGGCGCAGUGAUGCUGUUGGUGUAUGAAUACUCUUAUGCUUGGCUACAGGAGCAUUGGUGACGUGGUGGACAAACAUCGCUUUAAUCUGUUUAAUUACCAAGAUUCACAGGAUCUACCCCUCUUACUGAGGGCAUUUUAUUAUAGUGUAAUUGAUUGAAAUUUAUGUAAAAUAGUGUUGCUUCUGCUGGUUUCUAAUAUGUUUUCCAGAUUUAGCCCUUUAAUUGUGAAUUUACACGCAGCAUAUUCUUAUUUUGAGUGGAUUUUUCUUCGCUAGCUGACAUGAAUUCCGGUUUAACUAAAGUCCUCUAAAUCCUAAAGUAGUUUAUAUAUUGAUUAGCCGGCAGUUUUUCCCAUUUGAUUUGUUGAUACUAUAUAUUAAAAAUAACAAGCUUAGUCUAUGGGUGCCUCCCAAAAUGCCAGUUAUAGAUACACUGCGGCCCAUACAUGCAAUUAUAACCUUAAUGUUAAAUACAGAAAAGACAGAGGUAAAAAAAAAGGUAUUCUUAUUAUAUAGCAGUUAUUUUUUUUUUUACAUUUACAGAAAUUUUAACAGACUGCAUACUUGCCGGUUAUAGAAAACAUUACUAUUGAAUUAUAAAAUAAAUAAGCUACAACAUUUACCUAGAAAGUAAUGGGUUUGCCCAAAUCUUGCAUCUUUCUGUAUGUGAAUUUAGGAUGUCAGCAUUGGAUACUAUUUACAUUUCUCUGAUAUUAAGUUAAAUUAAACCUUUUUUAAGGUUUCAUUUAUCUCAUACUCCACACUUAUUGUAAAUAGAUUCUUGCAAUUGGUUUUACAAUUUUGCUAGUUGGUUUUACUGUCUUCCAAUGAGAUGAAUGGCUAAGUCUGGCUAAAGCUACUGUUGCAAGGGGAUUUCAAUGCAUGCACUUGCCAAAUUAGUAUUUAUUCCAGUUUCUAUGAAAACAUCUCAUAAUUACUAUUGAAUUGUAGUGUGAAGCCAUAUAGAUAAUUCAUUAGAACUGUCAAGAACUUGAACAAAUUUAAACCUUGCCAGUGUUAUAGACAGUUAGUGACUCUCUCACAGAAAUUGUUACAAAUAAUUACAAACUUAGGGCUACCUCCUGGAAAAGGUAUUAGAAGUCAUUAAAUCUCUUGAAUAAUAUUUUAAGAGGAAUGUUUCUUACUAAUAAACCACUGCCGCUUUUUAGUUUACAUUGUUUUUCUAAUUUUGCUCAUUAUUUUAAAUAAAUACAAUUUCAUUUGUACAA